UCACUGCGCAUGCGUUAAAUUGCCAGUUCUGCGCUUGUGACGUCAGGAGCAGCAUGGCGGCCAAGGUGCAAUCAACUAAAAGGGCCGACCCCAAUGAGCUCAAGCUUAUCUUCCAGAAGUAUGCCAGUGUUGUGGAUAAAGAUGGAGACCGCUUUAUGACCCCCAGUGACUUUGUACAGAAGUAUUUGGGUCUCCAUACUCAGAUCCAUCACAACCCCAAAACCGUACAGCUGCUCGCUGGAGUGGCAGACACCACCAAGGAUGGGCUGAUUUCAUUCCAGGAGUUUUUGGCUUUUGAGUCUAUACUCUGUGUGCCAGAUGCUCUGUUCAUCGUGGCCUUCCAGCUUUUUGAUAAAACCGGGACUGGAGACAUCUCUUUUGAAAAUGUGCGUGAUAUAUUCAGCCAGACGACAGUGCAUCACCACAUCCCCUUCAACUGGGACUGCGAGUUCAUCCGCCUUCACUUCGGCCACGACCGGACCAAACACCUCAGCUACCUGGAGUUCACCCAGUUCCUGCAGGAGCUGCAGUUGGAGCACGCCCGUCAGGCGUUCGCGCAGAAGGACAAAGCUAAAACCGGGAUGAUCUCUGCUUUGGACUUUAGUGACAUCAUGUCCACCAUCAGACACCACAUGCUGACCAGUUUUGUUGAGGAAAAUCUGGUUUCAGCAGCAGGGAGCGGAACCUCUCACAUGGUCAGCUUCUCCUACUUCAACGCUUUCAAUUCACUCCUCAACAACAUGGAACUCAUCCGCAAGAUCUACAGCACGCUCGCCGGCAGCCGCAAGGAUACACUUCUGACUAAAGAGGAGUUUGUUCUUGCUGCAAACAAGUUUGGUCAGAUCACUCCUAUGGAGAUCGAUAUCCUGUAUCAGCUCGCUGGCCUCCACUCCCAAACUGGGCGUCUGAACCUGGCUGAUAUUGAGCGGAUCGCUCCUCUGGAGGAGGGCGCGUUGCCUUAUCACCUUGCAGAGGCACAGAGACAGAUGCAUGGUGAUGCGUCUCGUCCCGUGUGGCUUCAAGCUGCUGAGUCAGCAUAUCGCUUCACCCUUGGCUCUAUUGCUGGAGCGACGGGAGCGACGGCAGUGUACCCUAUAGACCUGGUGAAGACGCGGAUGCAGAACCAGCGCUCCACCGGCUCCUUCGUAGGAGAGCUGAUGUACAAGAACAGCUUUGACUGCGCAAAGAAAGUCCUGCGCUACGAGGGUUUCUUCGGCUUUUAUAGAGGUCUUGUUCCCCAGCUCAUUGGUGUGGCUCCAGAGAAAGCUAUCAAACUCACUAUGAACGACUUUGUGAGAGACAAAUUCACUGAAAAAGAUGGUUCAAUUCCUCUGCCUGCUGAGAUUAUGGCUGGUGGAUGUGCCGGCGCCUCUCAGGUGAUUUUCACCAACCCUCUUGAGAUUGUGAAGAUCCGUCUCCAAGUAGCCGGUGAGAUCACCACUGGCCCCAGAGUGAGCGCGCUCAGUGUGAUCCGAGACCUUGGAUUCUUUGGUCUCUACAAGGGUGCAAAGGCUUGUUUUCUGCGCGAUAUUCCCUUUUCUGCAAUCUACUUCCCGGUGUAUGCGCACACCAAAUCAUCGUUCGCUGACGAGGACGGAAGACUCGGCCCGCUGCAACUGCUCACCGCCGGAGCCAUCGCAGGAGUCCCAGCUGCGUCGCUGGUCACUCCGGCUGAUGUCAUCAAAACGCGACUGCAGGUGGCAGCUCGAGCAGGUCAGACCACCUACACUGGUGUUAUCGACUGCUUCCGCAAGAUCCUCAGAGAGGAGGGCUUCAGAGCUUUCUGGAAAGGAGCUGGAGCUCGUGUUUUCCGCUCAUCACCUCAGUUCGCCGUGACCCUGUUGACCUACGAGCUUCUUCAGAGAUGGUUUUACGUCGACUUUGGUGGACACCGUCCGUCCGGUUCAGAGCCGACCCCGAAGUCCCGUAUCUCCGAGCUCCCCCCGGUGAACACCGAGCACGUCGGAGGCUACCGUCUCGCCGCCGCAACGUUCGCUGGCGUUGAAAGCAAAUUCGGACUCCACCUGCCCAAAUUCAAAUCGUCCGGCGUGGUCAGCAUCCAGCCCGCUAAAGAUGCGCCAUCUUAAGCACGCCACGCCCACUCCGGGCCUGCUCUCCAGCAGCUGUGUCCAUCAUCCAGCCUGCUUCUCUCCUGUUUUUAGUUCCAGUCUGUCGUCAGUGUCGUCGUGUGGUGGGGGAGAUGGUGGGUUUUAUUUACUGAUCGGUUAAUCAGUGCCUGCUCGGUUCCGACUGAAUGUCUCAAUUACAGCGUUCUAAUGAACUGCGUGAGCCUUUUUUGUUUGUUUGUUUGGGGUUUUUCUUUCUGUUUUUCUUCGCUUUUUUUCCUUUUUUUAAUCGGACUGUUUAAAAACAGAACGUUCUCUCCAUCAACACAACGAGCUCAGGUGACUUGGGACAGUCUGGGUUGCCAGAUCCUCAUCAACUCCUUAUCACAUGCGUGUAUAUGUAUACGUGUGUAUACAUUAUAUAGAUAUAUAUAUAUAUAUACUUAUUGAUUAGACAUUUAAAAUGUUAAGGUAUUAACAAAAAACAGCUUAAAAAUUGGCCUCUGUCGCUUUCUGAUCAAUUUGAAUCGUGGUUCGUGUUUGUUUGUUUUGCCUGCUUUUUCUUGCUUUUUUACAUUCCAUUCCUGCUACUGUUACAUAAAAUAUACCUCCUCUUGCUUAAUACGAGACCAGUAGAGCACUGAGUAGGCUGUUACUGAUGGAGUACUGUUUUAUAAGUAUAUAAGGGUACAUAAGGAUGUCUUUACUGAUUUGUUCAUGGUUUUUUAUUUUUUAUUUAUGAGACUAAGAUGCUACUAAUGUUCCCUCGAAGAGUGACAAUUUCGCACAAAAAUAAACGCUCCGUCACUUUUCUUUAGGGGCACAAAUCGAACGCACAGCAGCGGAUGAUGUGUCCGGUUGAUGGUUCUCAUCAGCGUUGCACUAAAUUCAGAUUUGGGAGUAAAAAGUAUGUAAAGAUUCUUUUAUGCAACUGAUGCUAAAUUGAUGACUUCGCUCGAUGUUAUUCUGGCUAGAAUUCCCCGUGUCUCCCACAAUGUCAGACAUUUUCCGAAAGUGGGGAAAAGUCAUGUUUUUGUUCCGUUUUUCUCCACGCUAACAGGCAGCUAUCAUUCACUUUCCUUUUACGAUUAUAAAUCAUUUCACUUUUCGUGCCAGCAUUACAGUACUAAAAUAUAUGCGCACAAGUUUCAUGACGGAUUUUUCUCCUCCUGUCCCACUUGACCUGAGGUUCCCCAUGCUCGUAUGUGUAAAGGCUGCGUCUGAUCUUCUCUCUUCACCUUAUUUCUAUUUUUAUCAUCAUUAUUAUUAUUUUGCUGGUGUUUAGGAAGCUUCCUCCCUCUUUUCCUCCUCCUCAUCCCUUUCCUGUGUUAUUAAAGCAUGCUCUCUGUAAAGCCCCGCCUCUUCCUCCUCCUCCUCCUCUUCCUCUGCUUCCAUAAUGCUUUUUUUGCGUAGCUUGCACAGGCCCUGUACAUAGUUGUACAUCUCUUUUGCACAGAGGAGCAUGGUGCAGUGGUCUUCAUCUGGGCCUCACCCCCCACCCCCGGCACGUGUACAGAGAUUCCCCAAAUCCAAUGACUGAUCAAAAUCCCACAAGCGGCAAAAUUGUCAAAUAUAAAAAAAUAAAUGAAUAAAACUAUAAGAUGGAAGAAAUUGACCUGAUCAUGUUUAGGAGAUAAUUUAAAUGCAUUUCAUUCUUGUAAUUGUAUUUUAUUGAAAUAAAUCCUGAACAGUUAAAAUUUUAA